AUGCCCACCAACCCUCCCAAGAACCCCCUCGCGGCUGCGGUAGCAGCUGCCAAACGUCCCCGCUCCGAGACCGUCACACAGGAGUCUGCCAGCGCCACCACACCCAGCGCGCGCGACAAGCGGCGCGCGAAGGUACGGCGCACGGGCUCGACUAUCUCUGUGUCCUCCAACGACGAUGGCAUUCGCGGCCUGAAAGAACACACUCGUGCGGCCGCGGAGAAUGCUGGGAUCGUGGGCCCCAAGAGUGGUCGCCAGACUCGUUUCGAGAGGCGGUUCCCGAACCUGACCCCAGAGGAGAUUCUAGAGGAACUUUCGAAGGGCUGGCGUUCGGAUGUGUACUUGCACUUCGAAUUUCCGACAGUCAUUCGAAACCCCAACGGGACGAUAAGUCAUCGUUUCAUGUGCAAGAAGCACUCGUCUAAGAAGGUCGAUCGUCCCGACUAUCAAGAGAGCACCGGGAAUCUUGUCCGGCACGUCAACAGCUGCGACCCUUCGAAGAAGAAGACUCCGGCUGGUGUUCAACUGAUCGAAGAAUUUGCCGCUGGGGUCACGUACACAUCAGUACUUCCCAAGAUCUCUUGA